CCGCCAUCUUGAGGUUAGUUCACUAUUGAAGUAGUUGAGUGAUUAUCAAGUCGCCAUUACUCAAAAAUGACUGACCAGCUUUGCAAACUUUUUGUCGGUGGGCUAAACGUGGACACUGACGACGAUGGCGUGCGCAAGCACUUCGAGCAGUAUGGUACUCUCACCGAUUGCGUUGUCGUCGUGAACAAGCAACUGCAGCGGUCCCGCUGUUUCGGCUUUGUAACCUACUCUACACCAGAGGAGGCCGACGCGGCAAUGGCAGCUAGGCCGCACACCGUCGACGGCAACGCGGUCGAGGUGAAGCGGGCCGUGGCGAGAGAAGACGCCAACAAGCCAGAGGCUCUUGCAAAAGUGAAGAAAAUCUUCGUUGGCGGCCUGAAGGACGACAUUGAGGAGGAACAUCUGACCGAAUACUUCUCCCACUAUGGUCAAAUCGAGAAGGCCGAAGUCAUCUCGGAGAAGGAGACCGGAAAGAAAAGAGGCUUCGGCUUUGUUUACUUCACCGAUCACGACGCAGCCGACAAGGCUGUUGUGGUGAAGUUCCACACAGUCAAUGGACACAAAGUUGAGGUAAAGAAAGCCCUGACCAAGCAGGAGAUGCAGGCGGCCAACAGAACCGGUAUGUCGCCGAGAGGCAGACCUGGUAGAGGCAUGAGGGGAAAUCAAAAUGGCUACGGCAGCAGGGACUACGGCGGAAACUACAACUACGGAAAUGGCGGAGGCUACAACGGUGGUGGCGGCGGCGGCUAUGGAGGUUACGGCGGACCAUAUGGGGGUGGCUACGGAGACCAGGGAAGUGGCUAUGGAGGUGGAAACGGCUACAAUGAGUUUGGCAGCGGCUAUGGCCAGCAUUCUUCUGGUUAUGGCCCCAUGAAAGGACCACCCUUCGGCGGUCAGAGGAGCGCUGCUCCCUACACCAGAGGCGGUGGUGGCGGCGGAUACCCGAGGGGGGGUUACGGCGGCGGCUACUAAAUAAGACUGCACAAUGGAAAAACCCUCCCCACCCCCUGACCAUAAAUUACAUCCAGCCAGGAUUUGGACGCUCAACUCAAAUUCAGUAACGGGGCGUCUGCCGUGAAAUCCAACAACGGCAGAGAUACGGACACAGAGACCCCCUCCCCCUAAUCAUAAUGAAGACCUCAAAAACCCACACAGGUGUUCUUACUCGUAUUCCAGUAGGCUAUCCCAGCCAAAAUAGCCGUAGCAGUUUGUUUGUAGGCUACGUCAGGACCCUGUUGAUUACCUGGGGUCGAUUGUGAUAGGAGUCUGAAAUAUCUCUUUAGGAUAUCCACAUCCAGCAAACUAGGUUGCUACGGUAACCUGGGUAACAUCACCCCGAAAACGAUGGGGGGUGAGUCUCCACGCCAACGGGGGGACCGGAGAGUGGUUGUGCCUUCUCCCCCUCAGGAUAAUGGUGCUUGACGAUUUCUGAUCAUCCCAUAGGAAAAGGAAACAUCUGUUGUCUGCCGUGCUUUUUAUGAAUCUACAAUAAAUUAUAUAUUUUUAUACACCAA